UCGGCUAUUGAGCAUUGGACUCGCACCUGGAAAUAGCGCCUUAACUGAAAUCUUCUCUCAACAAGCUGACCGAAUCGUAUAAAGAUAAACACGAACCUGUCUGAGCAAUCAGAUAAAUCAUCAGAAAGAAAUCUUCGUUGUCUGAAUCAGUCAAUCAAUGGCGAUGAACUCGUCGAUCAUCCCAGGUCUGACCGACGACGCGGCGGAGCUCUGCCUCACCCACGUUCCACGCUCCAGCGUACGGACGCUCUCCCGGGUUUGCCGGCGAUGGCGGUCCUUCGUCGGCGGCGAACAUUUCGCGGCGGUUCGGAAAUCGGCGGGAGUGGUGGAGGAGUUUAUGUGCAUUCUCAUGGAGAGUGAAUGCGGGAGAGAGGUGUAUUGGGAGGUCUUCGACGGCUCAGGGAACAAAUUAGGGCAAAUCCCUCCAGUUCCUGGUCCGGUGAAGCGCGGUUUCGGCGUGGCAGUGCUCGGCGGCGGGAAGAUCGUGUUCGUCGGUGGUUAUACGGAGAUCGAGGGCUCCGGGAUCAACAGCACCACCGUCUCUGCCUCCGCCGAUGUUUAUGAAUUCGAUCCCGCUGUUAAUAGCUGGAGAAAGCUAGCAAGUAUGAAUGUUCCACGUUACAACUUUGCUUGUGCUGAAGUCGACGGCUUUCUGUAUGUAAUUCGAGGGUAUUCGAGAGAUACUUUCAGCCUUUCCAAUGCAGAGGUUUACAACCCGGAAACUAACAAAUGGAGCCUUAUAGAGUGUCGGAACCGCCCUGUCUGGCGUGGGUUUGCCUUCUCGUUCAACUCCAAACUCUAUGCUAUUGGGAAUGGAACUAGGUUUAUCGAUGUUUAUGACCCGGAGAGCCAAACAUGGGACGAGUUGAACUCUGAGCAAUCGGUUUCAGUUUACUCCCACACAGUCUUGAAGAACAAGGUGUAUUUCAUGGACAGAAACAUGCCGGGAAUCCUGGGAGUGUUCGACCCGGAUGAGAAUUCAUGGAGCUCGGUGUUUGUGCCGCCGAGAGAAGGCGGGUUCUGGGUCAGGCUCGGUGUGUGGAACGACAAGGUCCUGCUGUUCUCUCGGGUUUGCGGACACGAGACCUUGAUGUACGAUCCUUACAAAGAAACCGGUUCGAAAUGGAGAGUGUGUGAUCAGAUAAAACCCUCGGCUUCCCACUUAACCAGCGCUCUGAUCAAAUUCUGACUGCCACAGCGUUCUGUUCAAACAUUCGCAUUUGUUUGUGGAAGAAAGGCUUUGACGUUUGAUU